UCCAGCCUGGACGACCACCUCAGAGCAGGCGCCUCUCACUACACCUGCUGCGCACGAGCGACACCCACCCACGGCGAAACCUCGCCGGUUCAAUUGCACGCCUCCGGCCAUAGAACAGUUCCCGCGCCCGCUGAUGGGACCUGGCGCCCGCAAGUCCGGAGGCCUCAUCCUGCACAUUUUAGUCGCAGUCUACACUUUUCUUGGGCUAGCCAUUGUUUGUGACGACUAUUUCGUUUCGUCUCUGGAUCGAAUUUGUGAAGAGCUAAAACUUACUCCAGACGUUGCUGGUGCAACUUUUAUGGCAGCCGGUUCCUCAGCGCCCGAAUUGGCAACUGUAGUUAUCGGCGUGUUUUUCGCCAAAGAUGACAUUGGAGUCAGUGGAGUAAUUGGUUCAGCAGUUUUCAACAUAAUGUUUGUAAUAUCUGUAUGCGCACUCUGCGCUGGAACUGUCUCAUAUCUCAACUGGUGGCCACUGGUGCGAGACUGCUUCUGUUACGCUGUAUCUAUUCUCAUAAUGCUAGGUGUCAUCUUUGACAAUUACAUUUCAUGGCCAGAAGCCCUUUUCAUGAUUUUGAUGUACAUAGCAUACUGUAUUGCGCUACAUUUCAAUCCUCAACUUGAACGGUGGGCACAAACCCUUCCUGUGCCAUGUCGUCAGCCCGCCCCGGAAGAAGAGUCUGCUUUAGUUUCCUACAAGCACUUAGAAGAAGAUAGAAGCAGACGUCCCAGUUACACUAGCCCAGUAUCUGAAAAAGCUCUGAAUUUCAGCACUGAUCAAGGAAUGGCUCCUCUUCCUGGAACAGAAAAAGAUGUAAACCCUAUUUCAUCACAACCAACAGUUGCAUCUUCUCAGUUUCCUCAUCAACCCAGUGGAAAUGCGCCUCCUGCAGUUGAAUAUUAUAAAUCAAAAGACACUAGUGGUCAAGAGGAGACAUCUCCACUAGUUAUGCCUACUGAAGGUGGUCUUUGGGCUCAAAUUUCAUGGGGUGUUACAGUACCAAUUCAUGCAUGCUGCAGAGCAACCAUACCAGAUUGAAGCACUCUGGGCAUUCCAGACACUGUAAUGGGAUUAACUUUUGUAGCCGCUGGAGUAAGCGUACCCGAUGCUCUGUCCAGCUUAGCUGUAGUGAAGGAAGGUUAUGGUGACAUGGCGGUUUCCAAUGCAGUGGGAAGCAAUGUUUUCGAUAUCUUAAUUUGCUUGGGACUUCCGUGGUUCAUUCAGACUGCUAUUAUUAAACCAGGAAGUCAUGUCAAUGUAUACAGCAAAGGUCUCACAUAUUCAACAUUAUCACUGUUGUCAACAGUUGUUUUCCUUGUGGUGGCAACACAUCUUAAUGGUUGGAAAUUGGAUAAGAAAUAUGGAGUAAUCUUGAUGGUAUGGUAUCUGUUGUUCAUUACUUUUGCUAGUUUGUAUGAAUUGAAUAUUUUUGGAAAGCUAAACCCUCCUGAAUGUGUCAGCCACUAUUAAAAGCCAAAAACACAUGUGACAGGGCAACUUUACUGUAGUUUAGCCAAGUCUAAUGUUGAUAAUAUAACAUUGCUGAUUUAUCUCAAAUAUAGAGACAUGGUUUAAUUACCAUGCAUUAACCAAUAUAACUGCACUUCAUAUCCAAUAUUGUUUCUAAUUUAGCAUUAAGAAAACAAUAUUUAACUUCAAAAAAGUUAUAUCAAACUGCCUCAUAUUUUGAAAAAUGUGAAAUAUAUAUUGAUAUAAAUUCUGUUUAGUCUACCUGAUAAAAAAUGAAUGCAGUAUGUUAAAAGUAAGUGUUGUUAUAGUUAAUAUUGAAUGUUAAAAUCCACAGGACUGUAAAAUUGUUAUUUGGUAUAGAGCCCAUACCUGUAGAUGCAGUUCAAAAUAAUAAGUUAAACAUAAUCGCAAAUUGUGUGUGUUAAUUAUGUGAAGUGGUUAACAAUACUACAACUUCAAAUGUGAUAGAAUGGCAGCAUGAAUUUAGUACUUCAUACACACGUUAUGAAUCAAACCAUUAUUUUGUUCCUUUCUUUUCAUUUUAUUUAUUCUUUGUUCUAAAUAUUCCUUAAGCAUAAAGACAGUCUUUUUCCAAAUCUUGUAAAUUUAAUAAAAAGUCAUGUUUUUUAAGAAAUUUUUUUUCUGUACAUUAAACAGUAUAUAAAAUCAACAGUUUUUAAAAGCAAUUAGAUCAGAUGAGAAAAUAUGAAGAUUCAAAUAACCACAUGUUGUUAUUGUUCUAAAUAAAAACAUAUGGUUAUUUGAAUUUUCAUGAAACCAUCUUGAAUAUGAAUGCAUCUGUACUCCUAUGUUUUUUUCUUAAUGCGUAAUUCGUGUUUGUUUCUUAAUUCAUAAUUCUCAAAUUCAGAAUCUUUGCGAAAAGUUUGUGCAGAACAAACAUUUUAUUUUAGUGAUGGGAUUUUUAAUGAAUAAAUACAAACAAAUUUGCAAAAUUAUGUUUUUGAUUCAAGAAUGCUUCUGAUUAUAUUAAAAUAAUGAUAGAAUUAUUUUGACAUUUUUUAAUAAAUGACUUUGUGUUCAAAUACCUCAAAAAUAGGAGUUGCGAAACUAUUUCAUUACUUUAUUUAUCAGACUUUUCUUUUUCUCUCCUUUCAUAACACAAUAUUUUUAUUUAUUAAUUUUUUUCAUCACUUCACCCCAAUUGCAAGGAUAAGUAUAGUGAAGUCUUAAAGACUGAAAUUAAUAAUAUAUCUCCUUAUUUAUAGAAAGAAUAUUAUAUUAUUGAUACAUAGGAUAUAUCAACAAAUAUUUCUUUUAACCCAGCUUUUUUGCCUAAUGUGAAAGAUAGGACUACGAUGGAGUGUAAGGGAUAUAUCCGCGUUUUGAAGCGUACUGGAGAAAAUGGAUCACGUUGUCCGGUUAUGGGCAAGUGCAUUAUUGGAACCGCUUUGAAUUGUGACAUGAGGAUUAAUUUAAAGGGUGUAGCCAGUGAACAUUGCAAGAUAUUUGUUGAUAACGCUGGCCGAGGUAUCAUAGAAAAUCUAACAGGACAGUGUCCAACAUUAUUGAAUGGUGCAACCUUAAGAUUGGGCCAAAAGGAAAAGCUAGGACAUGGUGACUUGUUUACAGUGUCUGAUAGAACAUUUAGGUGGGAAUAUCUGGCCUCUUCGCCGUUUUGUGUUCAGGGAUCACAAAGUUUUGAAUUGGCAUCGUCAGAAAGCUCUGCACCAAAGAAGACAGUGUCUGUACCAUUUGCAUCGCUGCAUCACACUCCUUCUACUAAUCGUAUUGCCGUUGUUACACCAGUGAGAAGAGAGGACAGUACCCCAAUUGAAAAUAAAAUUGAGAAGCUCAAGAAAUCUUCUAUUCCAAUUAAGAAAUUCUACAGGCAUAGCAUCCAGGGUUCAGAGAAGAUCUUCAAGAAGAAAUCUGCAUCGAGGAGAUCUUGUGCUCCUAAUUUGGUUGCUACUACAGUGGUGAAUAAACUUCAGUCUGGCUCUCCGGCUGUAACUCCUCAAUCGCAUUCAACUGCGAGGAAAUCGAGAGUGUUUGAAAUUGUGCAAGAGAUGGAUGUUGUGCCUAGCAAAGAAAUCAAAAAGUCUUCUCGGAAAUCUGUUUUACGAAAUUCCUCUGCAAAAGGGAAGAAAAGCAUUGGGAAGAAAUCAUUUGUUCAGUUACCUGAAGUACCUCGCACUCCAUCUAGGAAGUCCAUUAAAGGGCAGUUGGUGGUGGAAUCAGUGGAAGUCGGUCCUGAAUCUCAAAGUUCAGGGGAAAAAAGUACUAAGAAGGGAAGGAAGUCCAUAAAGAAUGUUAGCAAUUCCAACAGCGAAGCAGCUGAUAAAACGCUCUUACAAAGGACUCCAAAAGUUGAUUCUGAAGGUGCAGAUAAAAAGACGGUUUUCAAAUCACGUUUAAAAACUCCUAAGAAGAGAGUUCUAGAAACUCCUGGGUCUAUACAACAGAAUGCAAAAAGAAUGAAACUGACCCCUAAUGUGGAAAGCAAUGAACGUCAGCAGUCUCAAUCUACCCGUGGAAAGUCUUCUGCCACAAAAGCUGUGAAGAGACCAUUGUUUUCAGAAAUGGUUAAGAAGAAUGCAAAUAUCAUUCGUAAAAGAACCAUUCUUGUUCAAAAUGCUGGGAAGCCUGUGCAAAUGAAGGUAGUGCGUACAAAAUUGCAGCCACCCUCGUCUGUUCCUGCAAGAUUAAAAAUGAAUUCAACUGGUCAUGCAGAAUCACCAGAGACUAUUGUAAUUCGAAAAAAAAUUGGUACUCCUCGAAGUACUUUGAAAAGAAAAUCCUUUUCUUCGAAGGGAAAUAGAAAAUCUCUACAUAAUACACUUGAAGAAAAGCAGACUCCAGUUAAGACCAUCCCAUCUAAAAACAAAACUCCUAAAAGGGUGAGUAGAACAUCUGGAGAAAACACUCCUCCCAGAACACAGUUCUUGAAAGAGAAUACUCUACAAGGAACACCUAGUCCAGAAAGAACUUCAAAAGGGUCAAAAAGGCCCUCUGUAAGUGUUCUUGUAUCCUCUGUUAAACAUACACCUUUAAAGAAAAGAUCCUCUGCCAGCAAGCAAACCUUGAAGAAAUUCAUAGGGUCUGAUGGAGUUGUUCAAAAUGGAAGAACUGCUACCCCCAAGGGCCAACCAACUCCAUUACAAAAAACUGUUACCCCUAAGUUAAAACCAACACCCCUAAGAAAAGCUGCUACUCCUAAAGAGAAAUCAACACCCCAACAAAAAGCUGCUACUCCUAAGGACAAACCAACACUCAACGAAGAGCUGCUUACCCCUAAGGACAAAC